AUGUCUGUUCCAAGCAAACACCAUUCUACUAUUAACCCUCCUCCACCAGAAUAUAUAAAUAACAAAAAUAGUGGUUGUCAAACAAACCAACUUCAGUACUUACAGAGGGUGGUCAUGAAAGCCAUGUGGAGACACAACUUUUCCUGGCCGUUUCAUCAGCCUGUAGAUGCAGUGGCACUGAAUCUUCCUGAUUAUUACAGUAUUAUAAAGAAACCUAUGGACUUGAGCACCAUUCAAAAGCGUCUGGAACACAAUUACUACACAAAAGCUGCAGAAUGCAUUGAAGACUUUAAGAUUAUGUUCUCGAACUGCUACAUAUAUAAUAAGCCAGGUGAUGACAUUGUGUUUAUGGCUCAAGAACUAGAAAAAGUGUUUAUGCAGAAAAUAGCCCAAAUGCCACCAGAAGAAAGAGUAGUGAUUCUCAACAAAGGAAAGAGAAAAGGAAAGAAGCCAGAAGAAACACAGCAGCCCAGCCCUGGGACUUCAAAUGAACAAAGCACAGUGCAGAAACAAGCUGAAAGCUGUGAGCAGACUGCAGCAAUGACUCAAGAGCUACAUCAGGUUACACUAGCUCCUUUGUCUGCAGCUCAGCUGACUACUUUAAUGCCAACUGCAGUCCCUAUAACAAAAGCAAAAAAAGGUGUGAAAAGGAAGGCUGACACUACAACUCCUACUACUUCAUUAUUCACAGCAAGUGGUGGAUCUUCUGCAACGUUUAAUGAAAGAAAAGCUGUUAAAGCAUGCAGAGGUGAAAAAGAACAUACUAUACCAAAUAAGCUUCUGAAGAGAUACUUGCCAGAUUCUCAACAGUCACCUGAAACUUUUAAAAAGAUUCAGUUGUCAGAACAACUAAAACAUUGUAAUGAAAUACUUAAAGAAAUGUUUUCAAAGAAACAUGCGGCAUAUGCAUGGCCUUUCUUAAAACCUGUAGAUGUUGCAUCCUUCUCAUUUGGCAAGAAACAAGGAAUCACCAGAUGCCCUACACCAGACCUGGGAACCAUUAAAAAGAAAAUGGAUAAUUUUGAAUAUAGAGAUAUACAAGAAUUUGCUACUGAUGUUAGAUUGAUGUUCAUGAGCUGCUACAAACGUUAUUCUCCAGACCAUGAAAUAGUUGCUAUGGCAAGAAAACUUCAGGAUGUUUUUGAGGUGCACUUUGCCAAAAUUCCUGAUGAACCUGUUGCGAGUGUUCAUCUGCCACAGCCUACAAGAGAAAUAACAGAAGCUUAUUCUAGUGAGAACUGUAAUGAUGACUCUUCAGAAGAAAAAUCAUCUGAAGAUUCUGAUCUGGAGGGAACAGCACAUUUUGCAAAGCUUCAGGAGCAACUUAAAACUGUUCACCAGUGGUUGCGGGCUUUGACCAGAGAAUACUUAUAUAGGCUGAAAAUGAAAAAAAGCAAAACUAAAAGGGAGAAAAGUAAGAACGAGGAAAAAGCCAAAAUAAAAAGCUUGAUUCAAAAGAAGAAAAAUCUAAAACACCAGAUGAAAUCUAAGGAAAAGCUGUCUUUAAACAUUCAAUCAAAGAAAACUAUGCAGCAGGUCUUGUUGGCACAUAAGUCAGAAGACGAAGAUGGUGCCAAGCCUAUGAAUUAUGAUGAAAAGAGACAGUUGAGUUUGGACAUAAAUAAACUGCCUGGAGACAAGCUUGGGAAAGUAGUCCAUAUAAUACAGUCAAGAGAGCCUUCGCUGAGAAAUUCUAACCCUGAUGAGAUAGAAAUAGACUUUGAAACUUUAAAGGCUUCAACACUCAGAGAACUACAGAAAUAUGUGGCAAUCUGUUCAAGGAAGAUGAAAAGAAAGCAGCAGGCUAAAAAAACAACAAAGUCAAAAGAACAACUUAAUUCUGAGAGGAAACGCGAGCUAGAGAAGAGACUACUGGAUGUCAAUGGUCAACUAAACCCAAAGAAGAAGAAGCUCAAGUUUGAAAACAACACUGAGUCCAGUAUUAGACCAAGCAGACUGAGUGACAGCAGCAGCAGCUCCUCGGACUCUGGCAGCAGUACUAGCAGUGAUUCUACCUCCUCAGAUAGCAGCGACUCUGAAUCGGGUAUAAUCUCAGCUGUACCUGCUCUGCGUGAUGCUCCAGACCAGCAAACUCCUCAGAGUACUCCAAGGACAAAUCAGUCUUCUGUCACCCAGUGCGCGCAUCCUCUUCCUGAGGUAUCCAACACAACUUCCCAGGUUGACAGUGCUGAUUGGAGUAAACAAGCUGAGAAAACAAUACCUCCAGACAAAUCAAAUAAACUUCAAAACGAGGCUAGCAAGACAACUGUUCAUUCAAAACCCAUAAAUCAAGAACAAAGUCAUUGUAUGCCUGAUGAUAAACAAAAUGGUAAAAACACGCUAGAGCCAAAUUCCAAAAUUCUUCCAAGAAAGGAUACAGGAUUUAAGAAUUUAGAUUCCUGGGUAAGCUUAUGUAAAACGAUGACGCUUCCAGCUCCGAUAAAAACAUCUGCUGAAUGCUUCGAACAGUUCAGGAAAGAAGCAUUAAAGAGGAGAAGUGAGCAAGAGCAGGAGUUAAAAAGGGGCCAUGAAGACCCAGGCUUGGGUGCCAUGGCAGACACAGACUGUGAGCCCCAAAAAGAGCAAAGGAGCGAACAACUGCCCCAAGCUCAACAACAUGCUCUUGUUCAAGACCGUAACUUGGCUAGAAAAAUGGAACAAGAACGCAGGAGGAGGGAAGCAAUGGCAUUUGAUAUUAAUCAGCAGAGUGACAUUAUGGCAUCUUUCGAAGAAUAUCUUGAGUGA